CAACGAUCAUGGACUCCGUCGAAGAAGAUGGAAGUCAGAUCACUAGUGGGUCGUCGUGCCAUGUGGUGGCGAUGCCGUAUCCAGGUCGAGGCCAUAUCAACCCCAUGAUGAACCUCUGCAAGCUUCUAGCUGCAAGAGGCAGAAGCGGUGAUGAUGAUGAGAAGAAGGGUGACAUGGUCAUCACCUUCGUGGUGACGGAAGAGUGGCUGAGCUUCAUAGGCUCCGAUCCCAAGCCGACUAACAUACAGCUACGCUCCAUCCCCAACGUCAUACCGUCGGAGAAGGGCCGUGCCGGUGACUUCGCUGGCUUCAUCAAAGCUGUAAUGACGAAGAUGGAAGGUCCAUUCGAGGAGCUCCUGGACCAGCUCGAGACACCACCGACGGCUAUAAUCACCGAUACUUACUUGUCGUGGGCAGUGGCGGUGGGGAAUCGCAGGAAUAUUUCGGUGGCAUCGCUCUGUACCAAUUCGCCCUCUUUCUUCUCGGUGAUCUACCAUUUCGACCUCCUUGUCCAAAACGGACAUUACCCUGUCGACUUAUCAGUACCAGAGAAGGAAGGUGAACGCAUCAGUUACAUCCCAGGGGUCUCUUCUAUUUGCUUAGCGGACCUGCCAAGAGGCUCCAAUGAUCCCACUAAAGAAGUGCUGGAACCAAUCUUGAAAAUCUCCUCCUCGGUCGCUAAAGCACAGUGCCUCCUACUCACGUCCUUCUACGAGCUCGAUACCCAAGCCACAGACGCUUUAAGGGCAAUUCUCCCUUUCCCAGUUUACCCUGUUGGCCCCUCCAUACCUCACAUGACACUCAAAGACACCAUUGACGGUGACGAUGACUACAUGAAAUGGUUAAACUCUCAAUCUACAGGAUCUGUCUUGUAUGUUUCAUUGGGUAGUUUUCUAUCAGUUUCAAGUGCUCAGAUGGACGAGAUCGCAGCAGGGUUACAUGACAGUGGUGUUCCAUUCCUGUGGGUUGCGCAGCAAGAUACUUCACGCUUGCAGAAAGCUUGUGGUGAUAAGGGGCUAGUGAUACCGUGGUGUAACCAGUUAAGGGUCCUCUGUCAUUCUUCUUUAGGAGGCUUUUGGACUCACUGUGGAUGGAAUUCGACACUAGAAGCUGUGUUUGUAGGUGUGCCCAUACUUGCUUUUCCCAUCUUUUGGGAUCAAAUCCCCAAUAGUAAAUUGAUUGCAGAUGAUUUGAGAAUUGGUUGGAGAGUUAAGAGAGAGAUGGACAUAGAUAAGCUUGUGAAAAGAGAGGAAAUUUGCAGGACAGUGCAGUGCUUUAUGAACUCCAACGAAGAAGAAAAUAAAGAGAUGAGAAGAAGAGCCAGAGAACUGCAAGAUUCUUGCCGACAAGCAAUUGAGAAAGGUGGAUCGUCGGAAACUAACCUGGACGCUUUUGUUCAGGACAUUCUGCAGUAUCAUCCCUAAUGUUACUUCCUUUAAGUUUUUUCA